CAGCCUUCCGGGGAAUCAAGAAAUCGUCGUUUGCGCAACCGUCCACGCUCGAAAAACGCGUGCUCAUUAGCACUUGGCCUUUGUCUCGAACCAAAGAAAAGGUCAGCCGAUCGAUUUUGAAUUCGAAUUCAUGCAGGGCUAGAGCAAGUCGCUGCGCGACCAUCGCAGCCACCACUUUGUCGCCCUCGUCGAACCGCUGCCAUGCCCUCAAUCGACGUCGCAAACACCACGUCGCCAGGCGUAAUCGCUUUUCGUACAUUCCUGGAUGAAGUGCUGGGAGAAGCGACCACUGUCAAGCCGCCCUCGGACGACCGCUCAUUGAGCAUCAACCCUCCUCUCCAGAAAGACGAUCUUCACAAUUUCUCGGAACGCUUAUCAGAGGUCUUGAGCGACUACACAGCAGCGGAGCAGCAAGCCGACGAUGCGGACAAAACCGCCGCCAAAGCCCGUAAACACAAUGUCGUUGAGGUAGCCGCGCGGGCCAAGUUCGCGGCAUUGACGGCCAGCACGCCCAUCAGCAGCCCCGAGGCCGUCAACAUCUGGAACCUGCUCGAUAUCAUAUUCUUCACUGCCGAUAUAGGCCAUGGCGAUCCGGCGCUUAUGUUCCUGCUUGUCGAGGACCUACUAUCGAGCCAGACGAUAUCCGGAUGUCGAAUAAUAUUCGACUUUCUGGAGUCACGGCGUGAGCGAUGCGUGAGCAAGUUCUACAAACAGUCACAUCUCAUUGUGCUUCGCAGCUGUAACGAGCUCCUGCGAAGGCUCUCCAGAGCAGAGGAUACCGCCUUCUGUGGAAGAGUGUUCGUGUUCCUGUUCCAGUACUUUCCUCUAGGUGACAAGAGCUCGGUCAAUCUGCGCGGACAAUACCACGUGGAAAAUGUGACAACAUACGAGAAGCCUUUAGAAGGUGGGGAUACGAUGGAGGUUGACAAAGAAGAAAAUCUGGACAAAGCUGCCGAAGCACCACAGACCGAGAAACCUGGUGGGAAGAAAGCAGAUGCUGGGACACCCAAAACCUCCAGUCCUCCACUGUCAAACGACGAGCUCUAUGACCUCUUCUGGCCUCUGCAGGAGAGCUUCAGUCAGCCGUUGAGGCUAUUCGAGCCGGCAAACCUCAAACCAUUUCAGCGAGGCGUCGAAGAAACUGUGAAGAAGUUUGUUGCAUUGCCCUCAGCAACAUCAAGAUCAAGCACAGUCGACGAGCCCAAGUCGAGUCUCAAGCGGAAGCGCGAAGGCCUUGAAGAUGGCGAAGGUGCCGAAGCUUACAAUCCGAGGUACCUCACAAGCCGUGAUCUCUUUGAGCUGGAGAUUGGCGACCUUACCUUUCGCCGCCACAUACUCGUUCAAAUGCUUAUUUUGCUUAAUUUUAUCUUGUCGUGGACCAAAGAACCAAAAGCUAAAUACGACAAGAUGAUCCAGCCCUGGAUAGAAGCUGCGAAAGAGAGGACAGUGGUUGAUGGACCUAAGGUCAACCAUUCCCUGCUGUAUACAAAGGAGUUUAGCGAGGAAGACGCGCGCUGGGCAAGAGAGACCAAAGACAAGAUCGCAGAAUACAUGCGGAAGGACGUGCCCGGUAAAGCGUUCUACAGGGUGAUCGAGACUGUUCUCGCUCGAGACAAGAACUGGGUGUAUUGGAAGAUGGCAAGCUGUCCGCCUAUCAAGCGCGACCCCAUUGAUCCAAAGGUUUGGGCUGAAGCACAGGCAUCGGCCCUACGUGUGACCACCAGCAAGAGGCUCCGUCCAGUGCCUAUGAAUGCAGUACCUAUGGAGUUUCUAAAGCCCAAAGCGCCCGGCCAAGCUUUGAAGGAGCUCGAAGACCCAAAGCGCUACCGGCUACCAGACCUGGACUCUUUCAAGGCCAAAAUCAACGACAGCGACUUUGAUAUCCAGAUGGCAAAGACACCGGCGGAGAAAGCGCGGGCGCAGGAACGCAAGGCGAGUCAGAGUUGGAGAGCUAUGCGGAUAGCACGCGGUUUCAAACUGGCUGCUUUCGACAAGAUCGACAACCCGGACGAUAUUUCAGCAAUAUUCGAACCAUUGGAGGACGCGGUUGCUGAGGUUGCAGCGGACGAAAUUGCGGCUGACGAAGAUAUGCCCACAAACCGGGAGGCUGUCAUCGUCUCCGGUCCUCCGGGUGCAGGAAAGUCAGUCAUCAUUCAGAAGCUCAUGGAGGCACGCAAGGGUGUCUUUGAACGCGUUGUGCGACAUACCACGAGGGAGCCCAAAGACGGAGAAACAGACGGAAAGGACUUCCAUUUCGUCAAGGCCCCUGAAUUCAACCAACUCCGCGACGGAGAUCGUCUGAUCGAGAACGUGGAUCAAGGCGACAUUGCCUACGGCACAAGCUACAAGGCUGUCGAAGCAGUCACAGAAAGCGGAAAGGUUCCUAUCAUUGAAAUGGACAUUGACUCUGCCAAAUUCGCCAAAGACAUGGACUUUGAUGCCCGCUACAUUCUUGUCAAGCCAGCUUCGCCAGAAAGCCACGAGACGUUCUUGAAAGCAGCAGGUGGCCGUGAUGAUGCCGCAAUCAAAGCGGUCAUUGAUGGCCUCCCAGCGCUCGUCGAAGGCUUGAACGCAGACAACAUUGCCGGCAAGGUCAUACUCAACGAGAACGUCGAAAAUGCUAGCCAGGAACUCGGCGACUAUCUGUACCACAAGGACGCAGACGCGGAUACAGAAAUUGUGAACCGUACUGAUACAGGCGAAGCACCAGUAUCAGAACAAAACAACGGGGGUAUGGAUGUGGAUGCUCCCGAGGCAUCAUGAUACAGGGCGUUCGUUUAACCAUACAGGAUAUCUGGCGCAUGUGCAGACGCAUCGAGCCAAUUCAUAGAUAGGGUCGCUAUGAUUCAUUCUGUCACGGGAUGUAAUA